CCGGCCGGGCGCCGCUCCGGGUGGUGCCGGCGGGGUCCGGUGCCGCCGGGCCGUGCUCACCCCGCACUCAUCCCCGUGCCCCGAGCGGCGGUGCUGCCUCGCCCCGGGGUUUGCUUCUCCUGGUUUUUCCGUUCCGGCGUGCGCCGGCUGCGGGGUCCUAAAACGUCCCUUAGGAUGGUCGCUGCGGGCGGCCCCGCAGCCCCCCGGGCCGGGCAGAGCGGCUGCUUUGUUCGGGUGCGCUUCGAGCCCAGCCUUCUCACGUGUCACGCUAGAACGUGAAUGUUCGACGUGUUUUCAGGAGAAAGAUAGAGAAAUAAACUGCAAAGCGAUUUAUUUCCUAGCAUUCUAUGUGGAACCCAGGGAGCCUGAAGGAAGCUGUGAAGCUAGUGGAAUGAUUCCCUGUGUAGCUGAAACUGUGUUAGCUGAGUGCUGCUAAUGGCAUGGUGAGAUGUGUUGAAGAGCAGCUCCGAGGGUGUCCAAGGGCAGGGGGACCACGCUAGGAGCUGGGCUUGCAACAUCAUGGGCCAGUGUGUCACCAAGUGCAAGAACCCUUCUUCUACCCUUGGCAGCAAAAAUGGGGAGAGAGAAUCUGGCAGCAAGUCCCACAGCAAGAGAAGUGCAGUCCACAAAGACGACCAUGGCUCAGCUUGUGGGAAGGCUUCGGGAGACAUUCUUGUGAAUGGGACAAAGAAAACAGACACUGCUGUAGAGUCCAGUCAGCCUCCGACGUUUUCUGGAGAUACAAAGAAAGACUCUGUUUGCAGUGCAGAGGAAUCUUCUCUUCAAAGGAUUGGGGAGUUAUUCAGGAGGUAUAAGGAUGAGCGGGAAGAUGCCAUACUGGAAGAAGGAAUGGAACGAUUUUGCAAUGACCUCUGUGUUGAUCCCACUGAAUUUAAAGUACUAGUUUUGGCUUGGAAAUUCCAGGCUGCUACCAUGUGCAAAUUUACAAGGAAGGAGUUUUUUGAAGGCUGCAAAGCAAUAAAUGCAGACAGCAUUGAUGGCAUUUGUGCAAGGUUCCCCAGCCUCCUUAAUGAAGCCAAGCAGGAGGAUAAAUUCAAGGAUCUCUAUCGUUUCACCUUCCAGUUUGGCCUGGACUCUGAAGAAGGACAGAGGUCGCUACAUCGGGAAAUAGCCAUUGCCCUUUGGAAAUUAGUCUUCACCCAAAACAAGCCCCCUAUUUUGGACCAGUGGUUACACUUCCUAAUCAAGAACCCCUCAGGAAUCAAGGGAAUCUCCCGGGACACGUGGAACAUGUUUCUAAAUUUUACUCAGGUGAUUGGACCGGACCUUAGCAACUACAGCGAGGACGAGGCCUGGCCGAGUCUCUUCGAUACCUUUGUGGAGUGGGAAAUGGAGCGAAGGAAAAAGGAGGAGGAAACCAAAUGUGUUCUGUCUUCGGACACAGAGGGCCUGUGUGCGGACGAACAGACUUAGCGGCGGCGAAGCAGCAGUGACAAAAGCAACUUGUUGCCCUUCACAAAAUGUAAACUCUGGAUGUUUCUGGAAAUUA